UCCUUUUAUAAUACUUCAAUAAAUAUGUUCAAAUCAUCAUUAAAGUUCCAAGAAUUCAAAAGUAAUAGAAAAGGAAACAUAUGGCAGCUAUUCCAUGCCACAGACUUUGAAUCACUGAUGUACCCUUGCUUUACAUUUUGCCGCAUUUUGGGAUUAUUUCCAUACAAGAUCAAAGCUUCAACCAUCAAGACUUACAGACAAGAUUGUUUUCUGUCAAUUAUCUUUAUCUGCAGUUUCUGCAUUUGUAAACUGAUGAUGCUUUUUGACGCGAAUGCACCUGUAAAGAAUAUAACUAAUAACACUCCUAUGGAACUUUGGGAUAAUUGCUUCAACAUUUUUAGCAAUUUUAUAGUAGUCGUCACAUUCAUUUUAAUUAAGCCACGAAUGCGUUUAAUUCAACGUAUACUGAAGCUCUCUUUAAGAUUACCGUUGGAAUCAUAUCAGAAUCUAUCUAGAUUAAUCCAUGCCAAAGAUAUUUUGGGAUUUCUCCUUCUAGCUGUCGUUUUGUUAAUGUUUGUCAUUGAGGCACCUUAUGUUUUGGGAUCUAUUUACACACUAUAUGUCUGUUUAGUGAUGUUUCAAAUGGACAUGCUGUAUAUGAAUUGUGUUUGUGUAUUAAAAGCAUGUUUCAAACAAAUCAAUGACGAUCUGGCGAACCUACGGGAAUUUGUAGUGAAUGAUGAGUCAUAUAUUCUGAGAAGAACGUAUCAUAAGCAGAAAAAUCCAUUCCCACUAAUGGAAGUCAAAGCAUUGAAGAAGCAACAUUUAGUGAUCAGCGAUACAGUGCAGAUGCUAAGCGUGAUUUUUAGUUUGCAACUUCUUGCUAGUAUAAUCUUGACUUUCGUGCAGAUCACUUUUGUACUAUACUUCUACGUAAGGCAUUGGAAAAUUGGCAUGUUAGUAAACAAUUUAAACGAUCAGAAUUAUGAUUUAAUUUUGAUAAUACUUAUAAUAUAUUAUUCCGUAAAAAUGAUAAUGAUAAUAUGGGCUUGCGAGAGCGGCAAAAAUCAAGCCAUGGAAAUCAACAUCACCGUUCAUAACGUACUUAAUAAUAUCAACAAUGAGGAAAUAAAAUACGAGGUAGAUUAAAAAUAUGUAUAUACCUUAUAUAUCUUACAUAUCUUAAACAUUUGUACUUAUAUGUAUAUCUUUUAGAUUAUGUCCUACGUAUAUUAAUGUCAUUUUUAACAUAUUAUCAGACCUAUAAUUUCUUGCAAUUCUAAAUUCAUGAAUUUUUUGAUCUGAUAUUACAGUUGCAUCUAUUUGCCCUGCAAUUAAUGCAUUGUAAGAAUAUAUUUUCAGCAAAAGGAAUUAUUGUAGAUGCUACGCUUCUCACUACUGUAAGUACAAGAUCGUUUAUUUUUGUUACGUAAAUGUAACUAUUGUUACUUUGUAAUCUUGUUUUUUAGAUGGUGGGUGCCAUUACCACGUAUCUAUUAAUAUUAAUGCAAUUCUUAUCCAUGUUAAAUUCUUGCAAGCAAUUAUUAAUUAAGAUGUAAUCCAGUUAAUAUAAAGAUACUAAUUAAAUUAUGAAAAAAUAUUUAAAAAUAUAAUAAUAAUCCAUAACAUAGAAAAAUAAUUAAUUUAAUGAAAACAUUAGAUGUAGUCAUGUUCACAAAAUACUAUGGCAAAUAGUAACCCGGAUAAUAUAAACGUCUAAAAGACUAAAAACAUUUUAAUCUUUAAGAUACUUUAUGUUUAAACCGAGAGAUGCAUUCUUAAGGCGCACAGUAAUUCUUAAAAAAAAAACUUUAUAACCUAAUAGCAAUAUUAAAUAAAAUAAAGUACUUAUGUAUUUUAUGAAGUCAUAUUUGUAAGAAGGAGGAGGGUCGUUUGGAUGUGGAUACUCGAUUUUCAGCACAUUCACACUGGUAGUAACUAUGUAUGUUUAAGAAAAAUGCUGCGUCGAGUUACAACCUUCUAUGGACUGUACAGGCGCAUUCGUCCGGUCCUCCAAAAACAAAAGACAAUCUAACCCGCAGGAACGGCCAGCAAUAGUCGCUCUAGAAUGUUCUUAGAUCCUCUUAUAUACUACUUUUUUUUUUAAAUAUCAAAUACAUCACAAUGACAGAAAACUAAACAUUUCAUUUAAACUAAAAAUUUAUCUUUGUAUUUCUGAUAUUGCUUUUAUAGCACAAUAUUAUAACUUUUCAAAUUAUAACUUUUCAUUGACUUAUAUAUGAAUUUAUAAGAAAAAUCUGGUUAACGUGGUUUAUUCGCUUUGUUACAUAAUCUAGAUGUACAAGAUAGUGAAUUAUAACGCAAUAAUUAUAUAUAUAUAUAUAUAUAUAUAUGUUUCGAAGUUGAUUAAGUGGUUAUUUCAUGACUUUGCCGUAUAUAUUUUGGGAAUAUUUUCAUAUAAGAUAAAUGCUUCAACUAUUAAUACUAAAGUAAUGUAAAUUAAAAUAAAGUUUGGUUUUCUUGUGAAUGCAUAUUAACCAGAUACAUAUUUAUUGUAAUUUUAAACUUUAUUACAUAAACCUAUAAAAGAGGUAAAAGAUAUCUUAUCUGAUAAUGCUUAUCCGUUUUGUACAUAAUCGACAUAUAUAGGAUAGUAAAUUAUACUGCAAUUACAUAAAAUUGUUUUAGGUACACGUAUGUUUUACAGAAAAACCAUAGUUACUUCAUAAACUAAUAUAUUCCUUAGUCUUAUUUUGCUGUCCAAUGCAACAAUUGUAUUAGUAAUUUUUAAAUUAAACUUGCCAAAGAGUAGACUAUACAAAAAGUUAUAUUUAUAAAAUUUAG